UACCGAGGUGGAAGAAAGAAAACAACGACGCCGAAGAGCGUCCGGCACGAGAACGCUCGGCGCAUGAAACAACAAAAAGAAGAAAAGCAACCAAUCAGAAAAGAACACGGGGCGUAAGGCAGCCAAUCCGAGAAUGCCAAAUCGGCUAGACCAGAAGAAAAGGGCUGGUGCGCAAGGCAGACGAGAGCACACGAAAGAGGACACGCAGAGAGGACACGCAUGGAGACGCCGGGGAGACGCCAGGAGAGUCCCAGGAAGCGACGGCAGGAGGAGGUCAACCACCUGAGCGGGCGUUGAAGACGGGCCGUCGGGUUCCGGACCCGAGCCCACCAGGACUUCACCCGACCGGGGCCUCCUGCCAACCUGUUCCUGUGCGUCGCCCGCCUACCCGAGCGUGCCGUCAGCUCCUCAACGCCGGUGAGCUGCGCCAGUGGGCAGGACGAGAACAGUCGGGCUACGGGCCCGAAUUCUACGCCACCUGCCCGGCCAGAACGCCGCCCCGUCUGUCCUGCCGCCUGCUGCCCGAGGCCGGCGUCCGAGCUUCUGCGGCCGUGGGCGAGACGGGAACAGUCGGGCUACGGGCCCGAGUUCUACGCCAGCCGCCCGGCCAGAACGCCGACGCCAUCUGCUCCUGCCACCCAGCCGCCAGCGUUACCUCGCCUAGCCAGAGCUAGCGCGCUCCCGGCGCCCGGUCGGUCAGCUUACGCCGCGAACUUUGGUAAGACCGGCGCCGCUCCUUUCGCCAGCUUGUGACCGCGUCGCCGCGUCGAGACUCUGACGCGUCCCCGCCCUCGUGGCAAGCCCGGACUCUCGCCCUCGUUAACCUUAUGCAAGCCCUAGUGGGUAAAUGCCAUGGUGUGGCGAGCACGCAAGCAAGCAAGCAAUGGACGUGAAAGUGCGCGCAGAACGUGAAUCGAGGAAGACGACAACAAAAGCUGGAGCAAGGUGUGUUCAAGCGGUCCCGAUGCACGGUAAUUAUUGAGGACACCCCCAGAAGCAGCUCAUGGUUCCCGAAAUCAAGACCAUCGAGGAGCAAGGGCCAAGCCGAAACAACAGCGCAAAUACAGGUGCUUCCAGAAACGCUCGAGGAAACAUCGGUGGCUUAGGGCAAGAACCGGCGGUGCCACCCUUUGUUGCGUUCAGCGCGGCUUGCCUGGCCUCGGGUCUCCUCUUCGUGGUCGUCUUCGUGCUUCAAGGAAAGGCCACACUCGAGACGACAACAUUAAAUAUCACCGAUUGGCCGACGCAACUUCAAUCUUCCCACGCCGACGACAAAAACCCUGGGGAGACAACGCCCUUGGAAACAAAGGUUCCGUUCGAAGAUAUCGAAUGUGACAACGACGACUGCACCGUUCUGUCUUUAUGGCUGAGCCAAUGGAUUCGAAGAGACGCCGACCCGUGCGACGAUUUCUACGAAUACGUGUGCGGCAAAAUGCUGGGACCUCCGUUGCUCAGUCAUGUGGGUGAGGCGGUGCAAUGGAAACUGGAAGCUCAGAUGAAAUUCCGCCGUCGGAAUCGGACACAUGGGUCAGUGAUUGAGGCAGCGGGCCUUGUGAGAGAGAUGUGCGUACGAUUCAAUUAUGGCGCCAACCCCGACGACGCUACUGCAGUCAAGGACUUCAUUAGCUUCUUGGGCAUCGAUUUCAGUGUGCGCUAUGCGGACAUUUACGACUCCCUUCCCUAUCUCAUGUUCUUCCUCUCCACGCAAUACGACAUUCACUCCUUCGUCGCCCUCAAGAAGCGUAGACAGUACCACGUGCCUGCUGACAAGCCUAAUGACUUUGUGGUGGAGAUAGCACUUGAUAAAAAGACCACUGUAUACUUGUUGGACUGGAACCCUCACGAGGAUCCUGAGUAUGGCGCCACUUAUGUUUCUGACAUACUCAAGGAGUACACGCAUCUUGAAGAACAUAAGGUAGCCACUGUGGCCAGCGAGCUGCAGACAGCGAUGGGCGAAGCUCAUCAAUUCAUCUUGCCACUGAACUCUCGCUCCACCGAACCAGGCAGGAGACGUUUGAUGACGCUAUCAGAAAUUCUCCAAAGAAAGAAUGGAUGCAUGUUAAAAGAUAAGUGGGAAUCUACUCUUUGGGACCGCCUACGUUUGAAAGGAGAGAAGCAAGACUAUCUCUACCUGGUUGACCUCCACGCCUUGGAUGCCAUUUGUUAUCUCCAAAGUGAUACCUCGAGCCCAGGAAGAGCGAUGAAACUAUUCGCCUGGUUUGCCCUCUUAUAUCUGGUCUUCCCCUCUCGCUAUGCCGAUAUAUGGCGAAUAGGGAAAUUCACACCAAUAUACACGCCUUCCAUCCCAGAUGAGAUCUGCGCACGUGCUGCUCUCAGUGGACCCUUGGGCGUGGCAGCGAGAAUGAUGAUGUACCAAUCGAGAGUGUCAUCAGAAUCCUUGGCUGCAGCGGAUCAGAUACGACAGAGUGUUUUCUCCACGCUCGCGUCUCACCUCGCCAGUGGUUCCUCGAUUGUCAAGAGUGAUGAGAAAGCUGUUAGUGCUAUCAGCGUGACCAUGGGCUUUCCGGAUCAAACGGUCAAGUACAUAAACGAAGAUUUGCGUCAAUUCAAGUUCAACUUCAAUGCCAAUGGAUACCUGGCGUCUUUGGCAGCCGUAGGGACUGUGAGGUUGUGGCCAUUACUGUGGCUCGAUUAUAAUGCGGCAGCCCGGCUGACCGAAUCGGGAGCGACAAACGCCCUGUACGACGGCCCUCGGCGUCACAUCUACCUCCCUCCCGGCCUGCUCUCUUCGUCAUUGCUUUACGCCAAAGGAUCGCCAGCCUACAAUUACGGAACCUUUGGAAAUAUACUAGCUACGGAGCUACUGGGUCUCCUGUAUAUCUACAACAACGGGACUAUGAAGAGCGCCACGGAUCCAUACAGCAAGAUGUGGAACCAACAAGCCAGGCAUCACUUCGAGUCAAUAACUCGCUGCCUUCUACAUCAGGAAAAAGAGCAUGCACCUUUCAGUCGGCAUUUGUGGACACGAGAGGCCCCGAAGGUCUCCCUGAUAAACCACAUCGCUACGUGGCUGUCGUACAAGGCCUAUCAAAGCAGCGCUGCAUCGGCGAAGCACAGGUGGACACCCGCGUAUCUGCAAUUGACUUCCGAGCAACUUUUCUUUGUGUCUCACUGUGUGCCUUGGUGUUCGGACAAAAAGGAAGACCUCGCGGCGCGCCAGCGGUGCGUACAGCCUCUGCUGAACAUGCCAGAGUUUGCCGAGGCCUUCAGAUGCGGUUCCAACGACAGGAUGUUCAGCAGCUCUAAGUGUCCGUUUCUCUAGCGGCUCUCUUAACAAGCUGCGCCAAUGGCGAUCACUGGCGAAUCGCACUUCCAAUUUAUACUAGAGGCACCAUCGCCAUCGGCCUUAUAGAGGCACUGCGGCAGAGACUUCUGGUCGUUUCGAAGAGGUAAAUAUAUUUCAGAGCUGGUAUGAUCUAGAA